AUGGUUCAAAACACAGCAUCAUUCGAUCACGCCUCUAAGAUUGAACAAUCCAAUGGCGAAAAUUCCACACAUCUUGAGAGGCUGCAAACUGAUGGCGGGCAUACGGACGACCGAACGCAGCCCUCUCUUCCUAUUGUCCAUCGACGAUUUGCAAAUCCUUCUCCGUUAGGAUUGCUUUCUUUUGCCACCGGUUUGCUUCUUAUAUUCGUCACAGUGGAGAUGUCACUCACAGAUUCAGGCAUAUUCUUAAUCUCCAUAUUCGGAGUUAAUGUUCGCGGGGUAGCGACUCCUAAUGUAUUAAUUGGCGUCCUGGUAUUCUUCGGUGGAGUAUGCCAAUUCAUCGCGGGUAUCAUGGAAUUUUUUAGCGGCAACACUUUCGGAGCAACGGUGUUCCCCAGUUAUGGCGCAUUCAAUCUCUCUUAUGCCAUGAUAUAUCUACCGGGAUCCGGAAUCAUGACAGCAUAUACCGAUCCAGAGACUAGCCAACUCAAUGAUCAAUUUCCAACUGCCCUGGCUAUGUACCUAUGGGCGUGGUUUAUCCUAACUGUAAUCUUCACCGUGGCUGCCAUGCGCUCUUCUUGGAUUCUGUUCCUGGAUUUGGUUUUCCUAGAUCUUGUUUUGAUCUUGCUCGCGUGCGGCUACAUGUUAGAUAUGAGGAGUUUAGAGACCGCCGGAAGCGCAUUGGGUUUUGUAGUUGCUUUCUUGAGCUAUUGGGCUGGGACAGCUGGACUUUUUGCAAAUGGUAUCACCCCCAUCAACAUCCCCGUAUUUCCAAUGUACAACGGUAUCUGA